AUGUUCAAGUUGAUCGUUGUAAGUUUGCUAUUGGUGGUAGUUGGCUCGGAUGCGUUCACGAACCCGAUAGCACUAAAUGCCCCUGACCCAUGGAUGGUCUAUUAUAAAGGUUUCUACCACCUUAUCGCAACCACCUGGAGCAAUUACUUCGGCAUAAGGAAAGCCAGAACUUUAGCUGGUCUGAAAAGUGCCCAGAACCAAGUGGUGUAUAGGUUCAGCGGUCACUCAGGAUGGGCACCAGAAAUUCAUCAAGUAAAUGAAAAGUGGUACCUUUACUACACGUCAUGCGGUCCAAAUACUAAUACCGAUGACGUCGCAUGCCAUAGGAAUCGUGUGGCAGAAAGUGCUGGGGAUGACCCGAUGGGACCCUACACUCACAAGGCCGAUUUGAUUGAUAGCGACGACGUAUUUGAAUUGGAUCCCAGUUUGAUCAAGAUCAACGGUAAACAUUAUUUAAUAGCGUCGUUCAUCCCCGAUAUUCAGAAGUUGUAUAUACGCGAACUAACCAACCCCUACACACUGGCACGUGGUGAAAAACACUUGCUAUCAGAACCGACAUUUGAUUGGGAGAGCGAUGGUGGCAGUGUUAACGAGGGACCCGAACCCCUAUACCACAACAACAGGACCUUUGUAGUUUACUCGGCUGGUUAUUGCGACACAGAGAAUUAUAAGCUCGGUCUGUUGGAGUUUAUAGGCAGAGAUCCACUCAAUAUCUCAGACUGGAGGAAAUAUCCCAAUCCUGUGUUCCAAAAAAAUAUCAGUCGUGGGGUGUAUGGACCAGGACACAACGGGUUUUUUAAGUCGCCAGAUGGAAGAGACGACUGGAUUGUUUAUCAUGCUAAUGAUAGUCCGAAUGGUCACUGCGACAUGAACAGAACAUCACGGGCCCAGAAAUUCAGAUGGGGCGCCGAUGGACUUCCCGUAUUUGGUGUUCCCGAAGCCGAAGGCGUGGAAUUGCAAGCACCAUCCGGCGAAUGA